UCAAUGCUCUGAUACGUAUUCUGGAACUUGUUUAAUACUCAAGUGGAUUCUAAGCUUACACAAAUCACCGGAACAUAAACUUCCGUGUCCUCCUAUACUGGUAUACAAGCUCAUCUACACCGAUCACAAACUACACGGGAAUUAGCAGGUAGAGCACUUUACAUCUCUAAAGACAAGGUUGCACCACCACCAAACACUGUUCUUUUUCUUCAUUUGUUAGUUGCAUAAGAACGAAAUUACGAAAAGUUUCUGGGAUACAUAACUGCAUGUGGCGAAUUCGAAAUGAUGCCUCACAGAACAACAUCAGCCUUAUCCAUCUGGUCGUCUUCGCUAUUAGUCCUAUUUUGUCUACAUGGCUUUGUUACAGUGAAAUGCCAAGGGAAUUACCAAAUUCGUCUUGUCAAUGGAAGCGCGAACAAUGAAGGUCGUGUCGAAAUGCGAUCAUCUAACCGUUCAGACUGGAUGUCGUUGUGCGGUGCAUACUGGGACAUCGGUGAUGGGACGGUUGUCUGUCGUCAUCUCGGCUUUCUUAACGCGACGUCGGUGUCGCGUACCGCUCGCUUCGGUUCGAGUACGGGGCGUAUCAUGUCCACCAAUUACCAGUGUAUUGGGAAUGAGACCAGUCUUGAAAAUUGUCCGGUUGGGCAAUUUUCUGAGGGUGAUUGUCAACACUCUGCUGAUCCGGGAGUUGUCUGCUACUUGCCCAAUUCAGUAGAUUCUUCGGGCACGACGACGACGACUACCACCGCCCCUACGACCGUUCCAUCAGUAAUGACACCAGUUCGACUGGUUGGAGGGAACAGCCCAUUUCAAGGAAGAGUGGAAGUCUAUCUUAAUAACCAAUGGGGAACGAUAUGUGAUGAUAGUUGGGACACUACAGAUGCUCGGAUUGUCUGUCGUCAACUCGGCUUUAAAGAAGUUUUUGCUGCUACCACCAACGCCCGUUUCGGCCAGGGUACCGGACCAAUUCACAUGGAUGAUACCCGUUGCUAUGGCAGUGAAACAUCAAUACUCGAUUGUGUGAACCGUGGCAUCGGCGUUCACAACUGUCGGCACUCCGAGGAUGCUGGUGUUAUAUGUGUGCCAGAAUCUCGCCUAGCUGGUGGAAGCAAUCAUUCUGAAGGGAGGGUGGAGAUCAAGGUUGGAGAAGAAUGGCGGACGAUCUGCGGAGUGGGCUUCGAUGACAUCGAUGCGAGCAUUAUCUGUAAUCAAAUGGGAUAUGGAGAAAGCCUUAGCAUGUCUUUGGGCAACGAUCGGUACGGCACUGCUACGAGCUCGGCUGUGGUCAAGAAUGUCAAUUGCAACUCCAAUUUUCAGCUGAUCUACCAGUGCGCAUCAGAACUUGUACCAGAAGGAGACCCACAAUGUACAAGCGAUAAUGAUGUUGGUGUCGUCUGCUCGUAUGCAGAUUCAUCAAUGGGACUUCGUUUGGUCGGCGGCAACAACAUAUUCGAAGGUCGCGUGGAGGUAAAUGUGAACAACACGUGGGGUACAGUGUGCGAUGAUUACUGGGACAUGGAUGAUGCAACGGUAGUCUGUAGUCAGCUCGGGCUCGGCCGGGCGGUCGAGGCGAGGAAGUACGCCAGUUUCGGCAGGGGCUUUGGACCAAUCCACAUGGACGAUGUUCAGUGUGCGGGUGACGAGGAAACAAUCUUUGAUUGUGAAUAUAACAACCAAACGAGCUGCUCUCAUAAUGAGGACGCCGGUGUCGUAUGCGCUCCAAAAAUUCGUCUUGCUGGAGGUAUGAAUGCGUAUCAGGGACGAGUAGAGAUGUAUGUCAACAACGAAUGGGGCACGAUAUGUGAUACGGAGUGGGAUGUGGAUGAGGCCCGCGUCGCUUGUCGCCAGCUUAAGUUCGGAUUCGCAGCAACUGCCAAGACCGGUUCAUAUUUCGGAAGAGGCACAGGGACGAUUCUUGCCGAGAACAUACGAUGCAGCGGCUACGAAAGCUCGUUGGUCCAAUGCCCACAGUUCGGGAUCUCACCAAAUACCACGUGUGACCAUUCACGAGAUGCCGGUGUAAUCUGCUCAUUACCUGAAAACAACAUCACCCUUCGGUUGAGCGAUGGUCAGAACGCAUAUGAAGGUCGAAUCGAGAUCGAGCUGGAUGGCGUCUGGGGGACCGUCUGUGACAAUAACUGGGACAAGAACGACGCCCGGGUCGUCUGCAAACAGCUUGGUCUUGGCCCUGGCAUCGAGGCAGCAGGGGGAGCCGCCUUUGGAAAGGGUACAGGACCGAUCUAUGUCGAUAAUCUAGCCUGUCGAGGACAUGAGACCUCAAUCGCAUUCUGUCCCAACAACGGAGUCGAGGUCCACAAUUGUACUCAUGAAAACGACGCAGGAGUCGUGUGUUCAGCACCUAUUCGACUUGUGGAUGGUUCCGGUCCUUACGAAGGCCGCGUCGAGAUACUCCGCAACGUCAUCUGGGGAACCGUAUGUGACGACGGUUGGGACAUUACUGACGCAAACGUCGUUUGUCGAGAACUGGGCUUCGGAAGUGCAAAACGGGCUGUUCCCGCCAGCUACUUUGGUUCUCGUUCCUACGGCUCUAUCCACAUGGACAAUGUGGCGUGCACCGGAAGUGAACAAAGCCUCAUUGAUUGUCCUCAUGAAACUACUCAUGACUGCUCGCAUCUUGAAGAUGCAGGUGUCAUCUGCACGGGAAAAGAUCUCAAAUGCGACCUUCCAUCACUCCCCCCUAAUACCUACAUGAGCCUGAUCAAGUCGCAUUACACAGAAGAUGAGGUCAUAGCCGUUAUCUGUACCUAUGGCAAUGACUCUGUAGAAUGGCGAUGCAACACAGACAAGAGAUGGGUUGGACCUACUCUCAAUUGCCCCAUCAGGAAACGACGCGGUGGUUCGAAUAAAACGGUGAUCAUUAGUGUGGUUGCUUUAUUAGUUGGUAUAGUUCUUGCUGGAUUAAUGAUUCUCUUGAUCUUCGUAAUCAUCCGCAAACAACGUAGAGAAGGUUUCGGUGGCGCCAUUACAAUGUCUGACGUCAUCGCUCAUAUAGAAACCAUCAAGAAUGCUGCAACCACAAAUGGCGGGAAACUGGAUGGACGCACCACGGCCAUGCCGGAAAAUGAUAUUGCAGGUGUCAAUGUAGAACCGUUCAACGAUCACGCCAUUGAAAAUGCACAGUUCUUCGAUGAAAAAGAUUCCAAGUCCAAUGCAACGGGCGGAUAUGCUCGUCUUAUUGAGUAGUUUGAUACAUAUUUUUGGUUUAUGUCUUAAAUGACAUUAAGAUAUUCUAUUCCAGGAUGUCCAGGCCUAAUCUUGAAAUACCGUCAACUUCACUUGGUGUCGAUAUCAAGUGGACUUUAAGGGGCCCGUUGCACAAAGAGCUAGAACCAAAAGCAGCGUGAUUUUUAACACUGCAGAAGAGACUUCUACUGACUUGCGUGUGACUUUACGUAGUUGCGUUGAAAGACAAUCUCUUGUGCAGCGGUCUCCUAAAUCAUUAUGAAGGGAGGUAUUUUGAGUUUUAUUACAUUGGUCUGUUGUAGGCCUAUCAUCGGAUUGUUAUGUGCAUCCAAGUAGGCCUUUAUCCCUUGAGAAAUAGAUGAUCUCAAAUUGAGGUCAAAGUAAAAAAGAACAAUACCGGACGAUUGAUUUUUAAUAAUGUUUCGAAAUUCCAGUCAGUGGCAUAGUGAUCAUGUCACUCAAUAUAUUUAUAUGUUAUUUAGAAGGGGGUUCAUCCGUAAGGAUUUUUAAAAUGUUGUAAAGCAGCCCCACAAGCCUUGAUAAGAAAUGUCAUGACGUAUGUCAGGGACGUGGGUCCAUCUUCAUGGCUGUGUACUGCCAGUGAAUAGGUUUUUUAUCCUCGGGUUCUAUUAAAUCCUCCUAGAAACAAAGUGUGGGCGUUAACGUCGCUCAAGAUUAGUUUCGAAUGACUGUAAUAUAUUCUAUAAAAAUCGUUCAAAUUAACAUCAUUUUGAAACUCGAACUGACAAAUAUUUUGCAUUUUCGUUACACACCAUUGCAUGUGUAGUAUCAUAGAAAUACAGAAAAGAGGAACGGUUUUUUACCUCAAGUUGUGAAUGACCUUGUAAUAAGAUGUACUGUAGUUCUAUUUGUUCUUUUUUUUAACAAGAAUUAUGCAUUUCGAUUGCGAAUGUAGGCCUAAACCACAAGAUUGUUACAUUUUGGUCAUUUCAUAUACCUGGACGUUUAGCCUAUCUUACUUUUUGCUGUCAAGAAUUGCCAUUUUUGAACAACACAUAAUAAGAAGACUAUUUCUUGAUGAAAAGUAAUUGAUUUGAUAAUAAAAAUUCGAUAACUUGAUAUCAAGAAAUUAAUUCUAGUGAUAAAAAUCAAUGGAUCGAAAUAAUAAAACGGAUUGAAAUAUAUAUGUCGGCCUACGCUGGCCAAAGGUUAGUGAUUAAUCGUAGGCUUUGUUUCACGAUUAAUUGCACAUUAUAUAAUCAAUGCGAUCAAUCUUUAAAAAAAAUGUUUUGAUAUGAUUGCUAAGCUUUGUGUUACGAGCACCGGCUGCGACAGGACAGUACCUGAAGGCAUGUGGAUCAACUACUCCAAGUUGCGUUUGCCUUGCCAAAGCAAGUCUUUUAAUUAUGGUGAAAUGUAGACUUUAAUUUAAUUUCAAAAUGAGAAUGAGAAUUAGACAAAACAGGAACAAUGAUAUGCUGCUCUUUAUUGGUUUUAAAUAAUAGUAGCACUACAUCAAAAUGCUUGGCAUGAAUGGUCCAAAGCACCAUAAAACUAAAAAAAACGAAGAUGUAGAGUAUAAUAUUUUAUUGCAUUCCAAUAAAUGUAGAUAGCACUUGCAUGCAAUGUACUCUAAAGUAAAGCUGUAAAUUUUUCUUAUUAUUAUGUACAAAGAAUAAAUGAUUGUUUUCUUACCAUCAUGUAUAUUAUGAGUGACUUUCAUGAACUAUUGAUAUAUGAAAGUCUUGUUAUGUGUAUAUGAAUUGCAGUUUGUUAUCGCCACGUUUGCCUUUUUCAUUCACAGUUGUAGUACUUUACUGAUAAAGUUUUGAUAUGAUUUUUUUUCGAGAGAGUUGGUGUAAACUUAUAGAAUAUGCAGUUCGAAUACAAAAAAUUAAUAAAAUCUAUUAAAAUG